CAGAGAUAAGGCAUCACCAGAGUGAUCUGUAUUGAACAUUAGUCAUCAGCCAGUGAGCUUAUUUUAGUUAAGCUUCUGUUAAGUUGUGUUUUUCUGCUCUUAGACAAUAUUUAAGAAAAAAAAAGUGGAUAUGUUGCGCAACAUUUCCAAGACUGACCUUGCACUUUGCUUUGUGGGUCUUAUCGUUCUUUCAAGUGCCAUCUAUGUCAUCUUCCGAAGCGAUGAUUUUGCAUUUGACAUUUGCCCGCCGUGUAAAGAAGAGCCUGAGGUACUUUUUGAUGAAAUAGUAGACACUGUACGGUCAAGCCAUGACCGGACCAACAGCAGCGGGAAGAUCGGAGACCUAAAAAUGGAUGCUAGACUGCAGUAUCCUCAGCCAAGCUCAAUGAAAGGACGCACUGAUGUGAACUCGGUGACCAACUGGAACGCUCCUCUGGUUUGGGAGGGAACCUUUGAUCCAGUGGUGAUUGAUAAUAUCUAUCAUAAAAUAAACCCAAGGAUUGCUUUGGUGGUUUUUGCUGUCGGCAAAUACACUCGUUUCCUGAAGGAUUUCCUGGAAUCGGGUGAAAAGUACUUUCUUUAUGGCUUCAGAGUCACUUACUAUGUCUUCACAGACAAUGAACACGAAGUUCCCAAAAUUGUACUGGGUGAGGGUCGGAAGAUUACAGUUCUCACCGUCCCCAGUGCCAAGCGCUGGCAGGACGUAGUACUUGGCAGGAUGAAAUGGGCAACUAUCGCCAUUGACAAGCAGAUCCGCGGUGAGGCCGAUUAUCUUUUCAUGAUGGACGUCGACAGUGUCUUCUACAACCGUUUUGGAGCAGAGAGUCUCAGUCCGCUGUCUGCUGUCCUUCAUCGUCUUUACUUCGAGUAUACAAAAAGGGAGGACUUUCCAUAUGAGCGUCGUCCUGAGUCCAAGGCCUAUAUCCCUCCUGAUGAAGGAGACUACUACUACACUGCAGCUGUGUGGGGGGGAUGCCUGGAGGACAUGUACAAGCUUGUCAGAUACUGUUAUGAGCAGUCGGAGGAAGACGCCAAGAACAACAUUGAAGCAGUGUGGCAGGAGGAAAGUCACCUCAACAAGUACUUGUUGUACAACAAACCGACUAAGGUGCUGUCUUCAGAAUACCUGUCGUCAGACUAUGAAAAGGUACCACCAAUGAUUAAAGUGGUCAGGAUCUCCCAGUUGGUGAAGGACUAUGGUCAGAUUCGCCCCCACUAAAACAAACAAAAAAAAAGGUCUUCCCCAAUGGUGGAAUGUGAUGCCACGUCAAUGAUUUUUAAGAAGUAAAACCUUUCUAGUAAUACUAAAAAUUGUGCUAUAUGUAUGGAUUCAUUAGUUAUAUUAUCAUUAUAUGUAUGAACUAAAAUGGACUACAUUUGCUCGUUUUAAAGCAUAGCAAUACAAAAAUGUUUGGCUGUUGUUAUCUCUUAUGCAUGCCAAGAGUAAGCAGAACUUAUCCCGGAAAGAGGGUCUAAAUAUUCAAACAGCUGAUAUCCACUCCGGUGACAGAAGGGAAGAUUUCACAUUGACCAAAGCCAAAACAUUUACCCUAAUGAUAAUCUUAGUGACUACACCUCGGAGCAAAACAUCAGAUUAUGUUUUCAAGACUGUCAAAAUCAGUUUAGAAAGGUCUUGCCUUGCCUUAGGAUCCUGUAACAGGAGAGAAUCCGUAUAUGACUGGCUAACGAUAGCCUCAUUUUUUUGUUACGUUUUUUAAUCUACAGAAUCACAUCAAUGCACCAGACAACUUUUAGAUUUACCAGCACUUAAAUAUAUAAAAGCUAACUGAAAAUUAUAUUAAUAUCAUUCUUUAAAAAAUACAUACAUAAAUAAAAUAAAAUAAGUUUACCAUAAAUGCAGAUCUCUUAGUAACAAAGGCACAAAAUUAUUUCUCACCAAGUGAAAAAAAUGAGAUAUUGCAAAAGGAGUUAUCCCAUCUGUUUUGGUGUGACAGAUGCCUACCUUCUACCUAAUUGGGUUAAUGAUUUAAUACUGGUAUAAUGAUGUGGGUCAGUAAUGCAGCAGUGGUUGUGGGUCAAAUAUAUAUGCAUUCAUGGAUUUUUAAUACAUAAUAUACCAUAUAUAUUGUUAUUUUAUUGUUAUUAUAUAUAUUGUUAUAAUUACACAAAGUUUGGUCUGCCUCUCAGCUGUAUGGAACCUGUGCUGGGGGAUCCUGGUACCCCUACGUACACUUUUAGCCCCCCACCCCGUCCUAUAACUGAGCUUUUCCUGCCUUACCUUUCCCCUUUUGUUCAUGUGUUCUGUACGAGAAGCAAGUGAGAUUGUACUGUUGUAAUUUGUGUGCUUUAAUGUAAUAUAAUUAUAGUUGUGGGUUCACUUUCCAGGUCUAAUAUAUUUAUGUAUUGUUUGGUUUCUGUAGGGGUACAGAUUUUGUGAGUUGAAGGAAGAUUUUUGUAUGUGUUUACAUCGGCUGUCAAGCUGUCAAGGUCUUUAAUAAACGGAGAUCGCCUCCAAAAGAAGGUGUUCACCUUGGCUUUGAAUACACACCGCA